CGCCGCGCCGCGCCGCGUCGGGUCGAUUGUACGCUGCGUGCUCAUAAGAUGCGAAUAAGAAUCGAGGUAGAAUCGAAUUAAAAUAAUUGGACAAUCGACGGACGCGCAGGAAAAUCGAUAAGGAACGCCAGCGAAAAGUUCCGAAAGACUGCCAGAGGAUCCAUCGAUCAUCGCGAGAUGCGGAGGUCCAGAGGAACAGAGGACAGGUGGAGAGUGCGUUGUGCGAUCGAGGAACAAGGAUCAACCAGAGAUAAAUGAACACCACGCGGAAGGAUACUGCGGAUUAAGGUGUUUGGAUCUUGUAUGAUAAGAUGAUUUCGCGGUACCACAUUCUGUGCGCGAUCCUGCUCUACGGCGCGGUUUUGUUGUACCAAGCGAUGGCGCAAGUAGACGGUUACACGCCUGGCGUGGAUUACCCGAUCUACGACUCCGUACCUUUCGGCCUGACAUUUACCUGCGGAGGCAAGUUACCUGGCUACUAUGCCGAUCCUGAAGCCAGAUGUCAGGUUUGGCACUGGUGCUUACCAAAUGGACGCAUGUUCAGCUUCCUUUGUCCAAACGGCACCGUCUUUAGCCAGUCAGCACGCGUCUGUGAUUGGUGGUUCAAGGUGGAUUGCAACGACUCGCCGAGAUUGUACGGUAUCAACGACGACCUCUACAGAGACGUGAACGGGAACAAGAUCUAACUCGAACUGUAUCCCCUGUGAAACAUGAUCGUAAGCGUCGACGAAGACCGUUUCUGUGCAGUCUCUUCACGGCGAGAGAGCAACUCUUAACGGAAGCGAGAUUCGUCCAUCGAGUUCCUAGCUUGCCGGCGGAGAAUCGGCCAACGAACAAGGCACUGUUGUACUCUCAGACGCUAAAUUCUGACUGUUGCGAGGCUGUUCGAACAUUGUAGAUACACUUUCCAAACGAACUUGACCGCACGUGCUCUGUAACGUUUCCACUAGAAUCGCUGAAAAAUCUUAUCGCACCGUUUCGCUCCGACGGACGAUCCAGGAUACCAUACUUAAUCGCCUUAUAAUGAAAAUCGAUCACUUCAAUAAAAACAAACAACUGAUGCAUUAAUUUUUCUCCUGUGUGAACCGAGCGAACGGAAGCCACACUCUGAUCGCGUCGAUUUAACCGAGAAAUGCCUUUUUCAUUUUCCAACUGCGCAGCGUGAAACGAGCGAGAACAGUUUUAGUGGUUCCAUCGACGAGGUAAAUGGAGCCUCGAUCGCGUAACGAACAGUCGAAAUCGCUACGAAUGAUUUCUUGGCAUGAUCGGACAAUAGAAAGUGAGCAGUCCUCGCGAGCGGCCAGUUCGACUCGUACCUUUUCCUCGUCGAACGUCGCGUCGCUGUCGCCGUCGCCGUCGAUGCUACACUUUUCUGUUUACGCUUUACAUGCACAUCCAGUCGUCUGUACACCAUUUAGGCCAGUCUACGGAGAUCCGAAAAUAAU